AUGCGGCUCCAACUCCUCAUCCAGCGGCACUCUCUCCCGCCCGUGACCAUCAUCCACACAACAGGCAGUGGCCCCGCCUCACAUACCAAGUCCCGCUCCGCAACGAUCGCCGACCUUCUCGCCGACGUCAAUGACCUCGUUCCCCUAGAGUCCGCGGACGGCGAAUGGGGUCUUGAAGACUACGCCGUCGAAGUCGCUGCCACGGCGGACCAACACUUGACGUACGAGUGCUUGCAUUAUCAAACCCUGCACAGUGUUUUAAGAGAAGAUGAUGAAGUGGUGAUUAGGGCGCUGAGCACUGAGGAUCUGAGGGUUAGGAGGUUAGGUGGACGGCAUCAGAUCACGGGCGACGGCAGACAUUUGAUUGAUGGUGUGGCAUUCGGUAGACAGUGGUUGAGGAAGACUGCCAGACCGGGUAUUGUCAUUCCACCGAGGAAGAAGAGGAGGCUCCUAUUCGACGAGGACACCGAUGUUUCGAACAAGGAAAAUGAGAAGCGCAUUCUCCCUGCUGCUGAUGAGGAGGAGAAGGACGAUCACAUGGGUGCUUUGGUGCCAUUUGCGAAUCAAGAAGGAGAGGAUGACGAUGACGAUGACGAUUAUGUGGAUGAAGAUGAUGCCGACAUUGACGAGCCACAAUCCCAAGUCACUGUCAGAGAGGAUUUUGAUGACGCCGAUGCUGACUCGGAAGACGAAUUCGAGCUGAAUGGUGGAAAUGCAGACGAGCAUCUUUCCUCAGAGCUCAAGCACCUGCUUGAAGAUGCUGCUGCGAUUGAACAAGCUGCCAACAUGUCUAUUGCGUUACAAGUCCUUGACAGAAAGCUGAAAAGAAAACGAGACAUCAAGGACGACGGCGAAGCGCACGAAAACGAGACCUUUGAAGGGUUCUCCAGUCCCAUACACAGUUCACCUGCCAAGGUCCAUGGUUUACCCAAUGGCCAAGGAGGCGGUAGAGCUGACCUGGGUGAUGAUGGCGAUGCCAGCUCGGACCGUAUGAUGAGGGAGAUCGCACAUCGACAAGCAGAAAAUAGUUUGAGAAACGUUGUCGAGGAUGACUCCGAUGAUUCAGAUGAUCCAGAUGUAACCUCGAGCUCCGAUGUCACAUCUUCCGACUCUGAUGCCGAUAGCAUGAUGGAAGAGAUUGCCAUUCAGCAAGCCAAGAAGCGAGUUUUGAACCUCAUCAGAGAUGAUGAUGUUGACGACACAUCACCGAGCUUUCUUCCAGAGAACGAUGAGAGUGAUGGCGACAUCUCCUCUACCUCGGAAUCCGAGUCAGAAUCUGUGGAAAGCACUUCGUCAGAAUCUGCAACCUCGUCUGAUUCCGAGUCCGAAUCUGAAUCCGAAUCAGAUGUCGAAGAGACGAAGGCAGCCACGUCAAUCGCAGCACUCCAGACAAAUUCAGAUCCAGGAAAGCCGGCAAAGCCAUCGGUAGGCAUUCCUUUCCAGGGAACAAACAAGACGCACUAUAACAAUGUCAGGGCAAAAAGAAGGAAGCGGCUAAAUGAGCUCAAGAAGCAAGGAUUUCUCCCCGAGAAUGCGGGCUUCGAGGAGCUCGCGAAGUACGAGUCUGCACAGCAACAGAAGAUGGUAGCAGAACAGAUGGUGGCUGUCGAGCAACAAGCUGACGGCCCGAUCCAAGAAGAUAUCCCAGAAGUGAACAGUGCUGAAGAAUCAAUGGCCAUGCCAGCCGUGAAUGAGGCCGAGAAGGAAAAUGUGAACCCUGCCAAUGACGCCGGGUCUGUCAUAACCAGUGGCACUUCCAUCGAACCCAGAUCUGCUGAGGUCAAGCCACUCGGGGCCUCUCAGAUCGAGCCCGUGAUGGCCGUGGAAUCGGCUCCAAAGCGAGCCAGGCUCGAUGUGGCCAGUACUCGUCGUCUUGUUUUCGGAUCCUUAGGUUUGAGGGCGCCAAAGAACGCCGAAGAGAGACAAGCACUGAGGGAGAAGUUGUCACAAACCCAUCGGCAACCAAUACAGCAAAAGAGGCUUGGGGACAGCAGUGCUUUUGAAUCUCCCGAACGCCAGCCAGUUGUGGAAAAUGAUGACGGUUCUUGGAAGAACAAAUUGAUCGUAGCCGCGGUUGAAUGUGAAGAGCCUGGGGCUUCCUUGCCCCCGCCACCAUUUCCCUUCGAGCAAGGGUGGGCAAGACCAGCCAAGAUCAAGCGAAAACUACGGGAUCAAAGCCAGUAUUAUCAGAGCAGAAAUGACCGGUGGCGCGAGAAAGAAGAAACAGCCUCUGCACCUGAUGUUUCAACCCUGGACUACGAUGAGGUCUCCGCUCAUGUUUCAGGUAGCAAUGCUGUGUCGACUCUUGACGGAAAUUCAGAGGAUGUGCCAGUCCAGGAUAUUGACGGACUUCCAGAGCUUGAGCAGGCAAUGAUCCUGCCAGGGGCCACUGUUGCCUAUAAAGAAUUGCACGUCGAUGCGUCAACAAAUUAUCAACCAGAAGUGUCUCAAUACAGAAUUGGUCAGGUGUCGCAAGUGGAUGAAGACGGCACUGUGCACCUUCGGCUGACGAAGAACUCGAUGGCCGCAGAUUCGAAAGGCAAAAUCGAUCCACAAACAGGUCAAAAAGUCUACGGCAAAUUCGAGCUGGCGAAUGAAGAUCUAGAUGAAGGAGUUGACAACGGUAUUCGCGAGAUUUCAAUCUCGGACAUGAUCUCUGCGAAACUGGUCAGACCCUCUGUGAUCGAAGUGCCCGAUAGCAACCAUGUUAGCGGGAUAAGGGGCGGCGGAGCACCCACAUCGUCGAGCGACGACCAAUUCGCUGUCAUUCCCGAGUCAGCCGAACAAGAUAUGCAAGUAAAAGCAGCAGAAAAGCCCAGUGCAGCCGCGCAGACGAUCGAUACCCCUCGCAAAGAAGAGAUCAAUGGGAUAAUCAAGGAGGCUGGUUUCAACUCGGCCCUAGAUGAAGAACUACUUCAACCCAUGUCCAACCCUGCUAGCGAGGACGCCCACGCGACCUCCAGCCCCGGGGAAGCAAUGACUGAAUCGCAAGGCCAAUAUCCUCACAGAUUUCGUCCAAGAUCAUCUGGUGUCGAUUCGUCUUUGCCGGGUAUGAACACCUCAUCAGAUGUAGACACCAAUGCCAAUCACGAUGAAGGCCCUGGCGGUGGUGAUGCCACAUGGAGCUCCCAGCUCCCUACAACCUCGUCGCCAUACAUGCCGACUCAGGAAACUGUUGACUAUCCUCAUAUCUCUCAAAUGGACAUCAACUCUUCGGCACCGACGCGCACCACCGAAAGCAGCACGCAUCAAGAUGCACAAAAGCAGUCACCAGCUCCGGCUCUUGACCUAUCCUCCAUUGCCUCUGGCCCAGAGAAGGCUUCAAACACGGAUUCAUAUGGGAAGAAAAGUGAAAUAGAUGCUGAAAACCGUGAGGAUGAAAACCCGGUCCAUUCAGAGGACGUGCCCGACCCGCUGGCAUCCGAGGUACCAGAGUCUCAAUCCCAAAAGACUUCGAUGCCUUCUCAAAACAAAGAGGCAGGCACCGAAGAGACUGCAGACAGAAGUUCUUUUUUAGGAGGACUUGGGUACGAUGGUCAAGACUCCUCGUACCAUGACUCCGGGGUUAGUGAUGAUGAGAGCGACCUGCCAUCCCUAAGUGAACUCAUAUCCAGCCAGAGAAAUCGCAGGAGGACCCGAUCACUCUCCAAGAAAGUUUCUCCCCCAGCGCCAUCCAGGAAGUCUCUUCGCAAUGUGACGAAAAGGACAGGGAAAAGCCCGGCUCUAUCAGACAGCCCUGAUCUUCCAGCUCUAAGUCAGACUGACAUCAAGCAGUCGCAAAGUCAGAGACAGUCAAGACUGUCCGAGAUUCCUUUGGGUUCACCCGUGGUUGACCUGACUUACUCGAGCGAUCCACGAGGCCUCAUCGAUACGGAUGAUGACAGUGUCCCAAAUUACGGCCAGAAGAAGACUAAGUCCGAAGUCAACGGUCGAAGCAAAAGUGCAAAAAAUGGCAAGCAGGAUAGCGGGAUCGGGACGAGAAGACUGCUAACCACCAAGAAGGUUAGAAACUAUUAUUGA